UGCGUCUUCGUAGCAUAGUCUGUAAUAAAGCGUCGAGUAGCUCCAGUACAGGCAGCUCGGGCAGCGCCUACAGAACAGGUAGAUCACAGAGAUGAGUCCCCAGAUAGUAGCGGUUUUAGGUCUCGCCCUAAGCCUGGGGCUGGUAGUGAGUGGUUUUCCUGCCGAGCAGCCAGAAACCGGGAAGCACUGGGUCGUCAUUGUGGCCGGAUCGAAUGGCUGGUACAAUUACAGACACCAGGCCGAUGUGUGCCAUGCAUAUCAGAUUGUCCAUAGGUAUGGAAUUCCCGAUGAGCAGAUUGUGGUGAUGAUGUAUGACGAUCUUGCUCAGAGCCCAGAUAACCCUACUCCAGGAGUGAUCAUAAACAGACCCAAUGGAACGGAUGUUUACAAAGGAGUGCUGAAGGACUACACUGGUGAUGACGUGACUCCUCAGAACUUCCUGGCGGUGUUGAAAGGUGAUGCUGCUAGUGUAAAGGGAGGCUCUGGAAAAGUGCUGAAAAGUGGUCCAAAUGAUCAUGUGUUUGUGUACUUCACUGAUCAUGGAGCUCCGGGUCUGCUGGCCUUCCCUAAUGAUGAUCUUCAUGUAGAUGACCUGAUGGAUACCAUCAAGUACAUGCACCAAAACAACAAAUACAAGGAGAUGGUGUUGUAUAUUGAAGCUUGUGAAUCUGGCUCCAUGAUGAAGCCUCUGCCAGUGGACAUUAAUGUUUAUGCUACCACCGCUGCCAACCCUCAUGAGUCCUCAUAUGCCUGUUAUUAUGACGAGGCCAGAGACACCUACCUGGGAGACUGGUACAGUGUCAACUGGAUGGAAGACUCCGACGUGGAGGAUCUGAACAAAGAGACUUUGGCCAAACAGUUCAAGAUCGUAAAGGCCAAAACCAACACCAGCCAUGUAAUGCAGUAUGGAAACAAGACGCUGUCCCACAUGAAGGUGAUUGUGUUCCAGGGUAAUUCAAAAGGUCUUGAUAAGGCACGUGAGCCUGUGUCGUUGCCUGUGAUUACUGAACAUGACCUCAUGAGCAGCCCUGAUGUGCCCCUUGCAAUCAUGAAGAGAAAACUCCAGAAGUCCAAUGACGUUAAUGCUGUUGUUGGUUACAUGAAAGAAAUCCAUGAACAUCUACAGGUGCGCGAGCUGCUUGGUAACACCAUGCGUAAGAUCGUGGCGCAUGUGGUGCAGGAGAACGAGGAAGUGCAGGAUUACCUGGAUGGACGUGAAGAACUCACAGGGUAUGAAUGUUACAAAACUGCUGUCAAGCACUACAAGAAACACUGCUUCAACUGGCACCAGCAGGAGUAUGAAUAUGCUCUGAGACACCUGUAUGCUUUAGUAAACCUGUGUCAGGGAGGAUACCAGGCCCCGAGAAUCAAAGCAGCCAUGGAUGAUGUGUGUUACUUCAGACAGUAGAAACAUGAACUUGUGAGCCACUGAGGACUUGUGGAUGGACUACACUUUGCACAAAAGAAUCAGACUGUUGGGAAAAUCUGUAUCAUCACACGCAAAUUUGACUUAGAUCUUUUUGAAAAUGUUUCUUUUAAUGAGGAUUUGCACUUCUGAAAUUUUAAUGUGAUGUUUUACUGAUCUUUAUUUUGUUUUAAAGAAAGAAAUGUGCUUUAAGAUGCCACCCAGUGACCCCUGACAAACACUUUGGGCCGUUAACAUUUUUUCUGUGUGUGUGUGUGUGUAUUGUUUUUUCCCCCCCUUCAGAUGCCUCCUCAAUGAGACCAACAGAUAUUUUGGCAGUACAGCUUUAGAAUGACACAAUUGCAAUUUUUUGCACCUCAGUUACUGUCACAAUAAUUAAAAAUAUAUUUUAACAUGGUUUGGAAACCAAAGUAUUUAAAUGUCCAAUCAGUGAAUAAAGUCCAAUCUUACAGGAUGUUGAACAGAUGCAUUCAAACAAUGUAAAACAAACACUAGCUAGACAGGUUUAACUACAUGCUGCAAUAAGAUUUUGAUUUUAUGUAUUUUUUAUCUGCUUGUUGACGGAGCCAUGACAAUACCCAAUUUCUCUCCUGUAGUAAAAUCACAGACGCUUUUCUUUGGUUACUGACUAAAUGUAUACAUAUUAAACUAAAAUGCAAACUAACCUAAAUAUCUGAAGUCUGUGGUCAUACAUAGCAAGAAGUGUCUUAAAUAACUGAGAUCACUGCUUGAAAACAGCUGUAGUUUGAGCAGUUAAUGAGCGGGUGUGUUUAGUGUAAUGGUUAAUGUGUCAGGCUGUGCUAUUAUGUCAAGUGCCCUCCGUUUAGAAUAAUUUGAGGCCUCAAACCACUGAACUAAAGGAAGGUGUAAUGUUUGAGGAGUGUUUGCUGGAGUUUGAGCUCUGUAAGAAAAGUGACUUUGCACUGACAACAUGGGUUAAAUACUUUGUGAAACAAUACACUGAACUACUGUCAAUGUUAAGCAGUGAGUUAUUGAUUAUAAAAGCCAUAAUACACCUGAAUUGAAUGAAUUUGUUGAAUGUAUUUUUUCAUUUACUUUCAGUCCAAGUUAUAGCUUAAUUCUGUUGAUAAAUAAAUAGAUGUCACUA